CUGACUGCCUGCCUGGUUCACUGACUUUCUAGCGUGACACACAGCCAGUGUGCUUGCUGGGUAAUAACACAGAACAUUGAUAUUUGAUAAGCGGGUUGCAAUGUGGAAGUUUUCCUGCUGAUGUUGAGAAUGCAGAUGGAGAUGCGACUGCAGCGGAAGGAAUUGAUAUUGCUUGCUCUGAAGGAAUCUGUAAGCUAUCACUGUGGGAUACCCCCUGCUUUGUAGACAGAAGGAGUUCGAGUUACACUCACACAGUGCUGUGUAUUGCUGGAGUACUGUUACAUGAACUCCUGCCUGACCAAAGUCCGCGCUCAGGUAAUGACGCGGGAAGAUGGCGGGUGGGUUCCAGUUGGUGGUGGAGGGGUCAGUAUUGUGGGAAUCUACAAGCUGACCAAAGAAGACUGCAGAGUGGAACACGUUGUCGUAGGAACAACAAUGGAAGACAACACAAGGGUGCUUGAAUUCAAUUUACGAAAAGGUGUUCAAUACUAUCGAGGCAGUCAUCUCUUUCACCAUUGGAGGACUCCAGAUGAAAAGAAAUGUGGUCUAACCUUCUAUGGCCCGGCUGAUGCCAGGGCCUUUGAAAGAGGGUUUGGGCGUGCAGUUUCAGAGUUGCAAGAAGGUUCUUCCAGCGAGUCAUCAUAUGGUCUGGAUGACAGCGAUGAGGAUGUUCCUGUACCUCGUGUUGUGGAUCCACUGCUGUCGCGUGAAUGUGUUUUCCAUGAUUAUCAGAACACCCCAAGUACAUGUGUGGCACCAAAAGAUGGAGGAGGUAAACUACUCAAGGAUAUCCUUACACAGCCAGCCAAUAAGGACUACACAUGUAUAUCAGGAUAUACGUAUCCUCAUAACAAUCAGGGACACCUACAUAUGGUGCACUAUGUGACACGCAAAAGGGAUGAUAGGAGACCGCUGCACAACAUGAAAUAUGCACACGAAGGAUCAUGGGUAAAAACGGCCACAGAGUGGCAUCCGAUAAGAAAGGACUUAUCGCAGGAUCACUUCAAAGACUCCUAUGUGAAGAUAGUAAAAAAGCCACAAAGUAUUCAUGAAUACAGCUACCCGACAAUACCACCCACGCGCGAGAUGGACGACCUCAAGAAGCCACCUACCUUCCCCAAAGUGGUGACCACUCAACCCCCACCAUCACCGCCCAAGAAACUCAUACAGAAAAUGAACAAAUACACGGAGCCCUCACAGUGUCUGCACUGCAGUCAAUACUUUGACCCGGAGAGCAACCGGAAAGGGGACUGUCCAGAAGCUCCUGACGAAGUCUCGUACUGUAUCAAUUUCUGUUCAUGUCUAUGUGCGGCACAGUGUAUGUUAUAUCAUUGUAUGUCAAACUCAGAGGGGGAUUUCCCAUCUCCUUGUUCUUGCGACACCAGCGAGAGCCAGUUUUGUCGCAGAUGGUUUGGGCUUGCUGCGUUGUCGUUCUUCGUGCCCUGCUUAUGGUGCUAUCCUCCUCUCAAAUGCUGCCACUGGCUUGGCACAAAGUGCGGUUGCUGCGGCGGCAGACACAAAGCAAAGUGACUUUGGGGAAAAUCUGGAGAGGACAAAAACUUGUAUGCCACAAUGCUGCCACGUGUUUUGCUGUAACUGGACUGCAGUGAAAACCAGAAAUGCAUACAUGCCAUUAAGACGAGGGAUGUGUACAUGCCAACAAGAGAUAUAGUGUCUGUUUUUCAUCAAAAAAAUGUCUUCAGCUGUGAAAGACAAUCUGUAAAGCAUCACGUAUCUACGUAACCAUUGACAUUAUAUAUAUUUCAUCUAAGUGAUAUACUUUUAAUUGUAAACAUGAGAAUAUCAAUAUUUUUAUAUUUUUAUCCAAAUUAUUAUGUACCUUGUGAUUUUAUUUUUUUGAAUGUUGGUGAGUCUAGUUGAUAACAAAAGAAGAAUCUUUCAGUGAGUGCGUUCAACCUUCCGGAUGGGCCGUAGAUAUGAGUGUCUUUCACAGCUGACUAUCAGCUUGUUUAGGACAAGAAUUAUUAUUCACAGAUGGAUGUUGUUUUCAGGUAUUUUUACGAAAUGGAAAUAUUUGGGAGAAGAUUCUUAUUAAGGGUUUUAGAACAAUGGUGUACGCUCAUUGCAUAAAGAAAGGUCUGUUCAGCAACCAAGAGAUGUAUGUAUGCUUAUUGAUGAUGGUGGAUGUAUGUAUGUAUGGAUGUCUGUGUAUGUGCGUGUUUGUGGGUGCGUGCUUGCAGGGAUUCGAGAGUAAUUAUGUGUUCUUGACUGUACUAAUCACUGGGGAUAUCUCCAUUCUCCAUUUAUUGAAGAUGUAUAUGCAAAUGCAUUGAUGAGGGUUUAAAUGACAGCGUAUUACACUAUGUUUUUGAAAAAGAGAAGAAAAUGACAAAAAAAAUAACUAAGUGGUGUUGGCCUUGCCAAUAGUAAUGUUAUAUGAUUGGCAUUCCGCACUGCUAUAACAGUACUUCAUGUUAACCAUACAAGUAAUGGUUCUAAUUGCUCCUCACUCGACUUACAUUGUAGUUCUAAGUAUCCUAUUACUAAAGCAAACAUCACACAGUGACAGUGUGUCAAUUGCAAAAUCUAAUGUUUUUAUUUUUUAUCCCUAUUUGUUUUUCUUCCUAAAUCAAGUCCUUGACUUUCAGUUCUUAAACAAACUUUAGCUUUUUUACAUUUCCCUUGUCUCUUGUAAAUAAUAGACAAUGACCCUCCUCGCCCCAAAAUAAAGUUUUUCACAAAUGUACAGGAUAAUCCAUUUGGUUUCACAAAAAAAAACAACAGAAAACAUUGACAUUCCAAAGUGAAAAUUUGUCAUGUUUCCUUUCAUGAAUUAUCCAGAAGAGUUGGAUCCAUAUUAGUUGCAGGUUAAUAUCAAAAGUUUUGAAAAUAUCAGAGAUGAAACCAUUAGAUUCAAUAUGGAAGAUAUGUUUGGCCAAAAGUAUAAAGCCUAAAUAAUGUAUGAUUUUUCAUCUUUAAAAUUGGCGGAAAAAAAAAGAUAUCUGAAAACAAUCUAUUUUUAAUCAGUGUAUUUCCUUUUUUUUAAAAUUCAGGUCACAGUAAUGUGUGGGUGCUAUUGGGUCAAUUCCAGUAUUUAAAACAAUGUAAUAAUUUCAAAUAAUGAGAUUCGCCUUUUGACAAUUUUGUUUAUCAAAGUAAAUUUAUGAACUCAAUAUUAACAGGAUUUUAAUUUGUGCAAUCUGUUCACAUCGAUAUUAAUUUCUCAUCUGUUAGACUUGUGAGAUCUAUUGAAUAACACAAAAUAUUUUGUUUCUUCUUUUCUUUGGUUGUCACUGGCCAGUCAAAAUGAGUUUCCAAUUAUAAUAAUUUCUUAAAUAUCACUGACGAUCCUUUCUUCAAGGAAAUUUGAAUUCUAGGAUUUGUAAUUAAAUUGUAUUUUACUUUUUUAUACGUGUAGUUCAGGGUACUAUAUUUUAUCAUUGGUUAACUGACAUGUUGAUAAGGUGAAUAUUUGAAGCUCAAAAACGAAAAUGGUAUUCAUUAAAGUUCCUUUGUAGGUUUUCUCAUGAGUUUAGAAUAAUAUAAAAUCAGUCUUCAGUUCCUUUAUUUACUGAUAUUAAUAUCUUACAAUCAAUUUCAGAUCUCUGAUAUGUAAUUUUUCAUCUUGAUGAAUUUCAUGUCAACUUGCCCUUAAAGACAUCGUCAAGCUUCCACCUAUCACAACGUAAAUUGAGAUUUCCCACAAUUCAUUAUUUCUUCCCAGUAUAUAGUUUAAAGUGGUUGAGGAAUCUGAGACUAACACACUUCACCAACUUUCAUUUGAACGUAGAUGUGCCUUUUAGUGAGUCAUAUUUAAACUUAGCUACCCCACAGUUGCCAUUAUCAUGGAGCAGUCUAACGAGAGAUGUUUAAAGUGUUAUUGUAUAGCUAUCAGGGCCCACGUAAAUGUCCAAUAUUUAUUUUUGACUAUAUCUUGUACAGAGUGAUUUCACAUUGCGGGAUUGUAAAUCGCGUAUUAAAAAACAAACUUAUGGUUAUUAUGGUGACAGGAAAAUUGAUCAACUUCCCCAUCAUGCUCAAAGCAAGGUGGAAAGAAUGGAUUUACAACUUCUCUUGCUCUCUAUUCAUAUGCAGCAAGAUCUAUUUUGACUUCUAUAUACUCAUCACAGCCUUGUUUGAGGCUGACUUACAUGCACUGUAAAUAUAGAUAUUAUGUAACACAAUCCAGUGUGUAUAUCCGUAAUCAUUUAGCAUAUGAUUAGCAAAACAGUAACAUAGAUGCAACAAAAAAAAUCUUAUGCUUUAUUGAAGUAUAUAAGAAAUAUUUUUAUGGUCUGUAUUGUUAUUUACAGAGCAAGCUUUUAAAUGGGCGUUGAAAAUAAAUAGUUUGUGAAAUCGUUAAUGUAUGCAACAAGCAAACAUUUGGAUUACAACUUUUUUUUCCAUUUUUAUUCAGCUUAACUUGGUAAAGUGCAUACAUAUAAUUGCGCCUAUAUCCACUCAAGAGGGCCAGAGAGAGAGAGAGAGAGAAAGAGGGGGGGGGGGGGUGAAAAAUGAGAGUGAAACUGAUUAUUUGUUGCUAAGGCUGCUUUUCUUAUUGUAUUCCUAUAUUUUUGGCUGGAAGAGAGUUAAGUGUUCCAAAAUUGUGAACAUGCACACUAUAACUGUCAAAAAGAGUUCUAUUAACAGUUCCAUUUUAGUCAUGUUCACCACAUUAAAAUGUAUUUUAUUGUUAUCAAUGUGUUCCAUAAGAUUGGUUCUGAUCUCAAGUUUAUGUCAAAUAACGACAGUAAAAUUUACAGUUUACAUUUAUCUUUCAUGAAAUAUAUUUGUAUCCCUUUUUAAACCUGCAGUUUAGAUAAUUUAUCUCAUGGAAAUCAAUUCUUUUUUAACAUGGCCAUGAAUAUCAGCAAUUAAAGUUGCAAAUUUUAUGAAUGAUAAAAAAAACAAAUCAUAAGUUUCAAUCGCCAAUGAGUACACACAGGAUGGCUUUUAUAUAUUUUUCUUUUUAUAUAUAAAAAGAAAUAAUGUUUUGUAUAUGUUCAGUCUAUUUUUUUUUAAGUUUCCUGUAAACUAUUUUAACAGUUAAUGAUAUAUAAAUGUAUUUCAUUCAAUGAAAUCAUGCUAUGAUUGCAUAUUUGUCAAAACCUUAUAUGUUACUGCGAUUCAAUGACAUGUUUAUGAUAUGAAUAAUGUGUUGAAAAACCAUUCCCUGCCUCAAGUGAUUGUUGUUUCUAGUUCUAGAUGCUGACAAAACUUAUUUAUCAUCAAGCUGCUAGCACGGAAGUGACUACAGCUACUUGUAGUUAAACAAAAAAAAAGGUUAAAUCACACAAUUCCGGUUUCUGAACAGUUUUCAGAAGACAACUUUUCUGUCCGCCAUAUUGUUUCUCAGUUUUUUAAGUAUGGCUUAUAUUUGCAUUAAUCUGCUCAUGAGAGAAGUUAACACAUGUUGUGAUUCUGUUCUCACCAAAAUCAACAAAAGAAGAUUAUGGAAAAAAGAAAAAAAAAUGACGUCAUCUUAUUCACAAUCUGUGUACAAGUAUUUGUACUGAUGUUAUUUAAUAAACUCAUGCAUGGAAAGGGAA